UAAAAUGAAAGCGUGUAGAUGAGAUGGGUAAGGUGUGUGGCUCUGUGGGUUGGAAGGUGUAAUCAGUGGAAUCUCCCACUGACAAUGAUAUGAAGGGAAGCUGGGAGUGAUGUGUGCGGUGAGGAAGUCAUGUAGUCCAGGCAGAGGAGAGAGAGGGAGAGGCGGGUCUGGGAGAGGAAAGAAGGAAAACUGGAAGGAAGAUCAGGAAGUUUUCUGUGAUAGAGAGAGAGAGAGAGAGGAGGUGAUGUCCAGGAUCUGAUGUCCAGGAUCUGAUGUCCAGGAUCUCCUCCACACUCAUCGGAACAGACAGAGCAGUCACUGGAUAGAAGAACACAGAGAUCACUGAGCUCCGAUCACAGCAAGUAUCCCACAUAGGACGAUGUGAUCUCCGUCCCCGGGACCCCCCGAUCCCCCUCCCAGCAGGGGCCAGAGAAGAGUGACAGGUGACAGGAGAGAGGGGGAGGGGGGCUGUCCUCUAACCUGGAGCCAGGAGGAGGAGGAGACAAGUGUCAGGACAGUCCGCUCCUUAUAUCCCAUCCAUCACUAUCUGUGAUCACCUCCUCCGCUCCUACCGACCGUACAUCUGGUGUGUCACCAUGCUUGAUGGACUGAAAAUGGGGGAUAAUAUCCAGAAUGUCAUUGAGAACUCCGCCAAUCUGUCUUUAUUCGGACGAGCUCUGGAUCAGAAGUGGGUGUGUGAAGGCUGUGAUCGGGCGAUCUGUGAUCGCUUCCUCCUGAGGAUCAGUGACAGUCUAUGGCAUGAACAGUGUGCUCAGUGCUGUGCCUGCAAAGAACCCCUGGAGAGCAGCUGCUUCUAUCGAGACAAGAAACUCUACUGCAGGGCUGACUACGAAAAACUCUUUGCAGUGAAAUGCGGGUCCUGCCUGGACACCAUCACUCCCAGUGAGUUUGUCAUGAGGGCACAAAAGAGUGUUUACCAUCUCUCGUGCUUCUGCUGCUGUGUGUGUGAGAGGCAGCUUCAGAAAGGUGAUGAGUUUGUGUUGAAAGAUGGACAGCUUCUCUGUAAGAGUGACUAUGAAAGAGAACGGGAUCUGCUCAGCCUAGUGAGCCCGGCGGCCUCUGACUCAGGUAAAAGUGAAGAUGAUGAAGAUGGCAGCAAAUUUGAAGACAGCAAAGGAGAAGAUGGCAAAGAUCAGAAAAGGCCUAAGAGACCCAGAACCAUUCUUACAACACAGCAGCGUAGGGCCUUUAAAGCGUCAUUUGAGGUCUCCUCCAAACCAUGCAGAAAGGUGAGAGAGACACUUGCGGCAGAAACUGGCCUUAGUGUUCGUGUGGUACAAGUCUGGUUCCAAAAUCAACGCGCAAAGAUGAAGAAGUUGGCAAGGAGACAACAGCAACAACAACAGCAGCAAGAUCAGCAAAACCCAUCACGGAUACCAGCAGCUCAAACACACAGUUCAAGUAACUCCAGUAUUGAAGGGAUCAUGAAUGUGUUCACAUCUCUUCCUCAACAUCAACUACUUUCGGUGGAGCAGAACAUGUACAGUGCAGACCCGUUCCAGCAAGGCCUUACACCACCACAGAUGCCAGGAGACCACAUGCAUCCUUAUGGUGGAGAGACCCUGUUCCAUGAUAUGGAUAGUGAUGAUGCAUCUCUCAGCUUGGGUGAAUGUCUUCUAGCAGUACCAGAAGUAGGUUCUUUGCAAUCCAGAGUGGGAAAUCCCAUUGAUCGUCUGUACUCCAUGCAAAACUCCUAUUUUACAUCCUGAAAUACAAUACACGUUGCAAAUAUUCAUUCAGGAAAAUGAAACCAUCUUCUACUGGAACAGUACUUUCACUUUUUUAAACAAUGAAGACAUCACUGGACACCACAAGGAUUUACUUCAAAACCCCUGCUGAGCUAAGACCUAAGCUAUACACCCUGAGUCUUGAUCUCGAGCAGUGACUUGUG